GAUUCCUUCCGUCUCUCUCCCGUCUCCCACUGUCCCACUUUCCUUCGCCGCAGCAAUCAGCAGCUCCGCCGCGGCAGAGGGCGAUCUGGAAGUUUGAGGAAGCUUCCACAGAUACUGGAAGACGCCGCCGAUGGGCUCGAGGUCGCCCGGCGUCUCCUUCAAGCUCGUCCUACUCGGCGACGGACGAGUUGGGAAAACAUCUCUUGUGCUGCGGUAUGUGAAUAAUAUCUUCUCAGACAAGCAGGAAGCAACAGUUCAAGCCUCUUAUUUGACAAAGCGCCUUGUUGUUGAAGGUGUGCCUAUUACGCUCUCUAUAUGGGACACAGCUGGGCAAGAGAAGUUUCAUGCGCUAGGUCCUAUAUACUAUCGUGAUGCAGAUGCUGCUCUAUUAGUGUAUGACAUCACAGAUAGUGAUACUUUUGUUCGUGUCACGAAAUGGGUGAAAGAGCUCAAGCAAAUGGCAAGUAAAGAUAUUGUUAUGGCCAUUGCAGCAAAUAAAAGUGAUUUGGUCAGAUUGAAGAACAUAGAAACUCAAGAAGCAGUAAGCUAUGCUGAAAGUAUUGGGGCAAGUCUCUUUGUUACAUCUGCCAAAGCAGGGACUGGAAUUGAUGAUGUCUUCAGUGAUAUAGCCAAACGAUUAUUAGAGAAGAGAAAAAACAGCGCUGAUGGCUUGUCACCACCUCAGCCAAAGAAGGGAAUUCUGAUCGUCGAUGACGAGCCUGAAAAAGAACCUCCACCGAAGUGUUGCUCAUAGUGAUAUUUCAGUGAAAAUCUCGCAGGUAUAACAUUACAAAAACAUUAAUGCUAUUUGUAAAGGGACAACAUCAUACAUCAAUUCAGCGCUGGAUUAUUUGAGUUUUCGGGGCAGGUAUUGGGGUUGAGCUUUUAGGUCGUGUAAAUACUAUUAACCGUCAAUUGCUGUCAAUGUAACAUUUCAGUCACAAAUAAUAAACUUACACUUCUACAAA